UAUACAUCUGCGUUGACCCACGAUGCAAUCCUUGUCAUAGCGGAAGCGUUCCGGUACCUCCGAAGGCAGCGGGUAGAUGUAUCCCGGAGAGGAAGUGCUGGAGAUUGUUUAGCAAACCCAGCCGUGCCUUGGAGCCAAGGGAUUGAUAUUGAGAGAGCAUUGAAGAUGGUUCAGGUUCCAGGAAUGACAGGAAAUAUCCAGUUUGACACCUAUGGACGUAGAACCAAUUACACAAUUGAUGUGUAUGAAAUGAGACCUGGCGGGCCACGGAAGGCUGGUUAUUGGAAUGAAUAUGAACGAUUUGUGCCUGCAAUUGAUUCUACUGUGUCCAACGAUACGUCCUCAGUUGAGAACAGAACCAUUGUGGUGACUACCAUCCUUGAAGCACCCUAUGUCAUGCGCAAGCAGUCACCUGACCAGAAGGAAGGGAAUGAGAAAUACGAAGGGUAUUGUGUUGACCUCGCUUAUGAAAUUGCAAAACAUGUUGGGAUUAAAUAUGUCCUGUCCAUUGUUCCUGAUGGGAAGUAUGGAGCAAAGGACCCUGAGACUAAAAUGUGGAAUGGCAUGGUGGGUGAGCUGGUCUAUGGGAGAGCAGAUAUAGCUGUGGCCCCAUUGACUAUAACCUUGGUCCGAGAAGAAGUCAUAGAUUUUUCCAAACCUUUUAUGAGCUUGGGCAUUUCUAUCAUGAUCAAGAAGCCCCAGAAAUCUAAACCGGGGGUCUUCUCCUUUCUGGAUCCUUUGGCCUAUGAAAUUUGGAUGUGUAUAGUCUUUGCGUACAUUGGCGUCAGCGUAGUUCUCUUUCUAGUCAGCCGAUUCAGUCCUUACGAGUGGCAUUUGGAAGAUAACCAGGAAGAGCCUCGCGACCCUCAGAAUCCACCUGAUCCUCCCAAUGAAUUUGGAAUAUUUAACAGCCUUUGGUUUUCCCUGGGUGCCUUUAUGCAGCAAGGAUGUGAUAUUUCUCCAAGGUCUCUCUCAGGGCGAAUCGUGGGCGGAGUUUGGUGGUUCUUCACCCUCAUCAUCAUCUCGUCCUACACCGCCAACCUGGCUGCCUUCCUCACGGUGGAAAGGAUGGUGUCACCCAUUGAAAGCGCGGAAGAUCUGGCUAAGCAGACCGAGAUUGCCUACGGGACAUUGGAUUCCGGUUCAACCAAAGAAUUCUUUAGAAGAUCCAAAAUUGCCGUCUAUGAGAAAAUGUGGUCAUACAUGAAGUCGGCAGAGCCCUCGGUGUUUGCCAAGACCACAGCCGACGGGGUGGCCCGCGUGAGGAAAUCAAAGGGAAAGUUUGCAUUCCUCCUCGAAUCCACCAUGAAUGAGUACAUUGAACAGCGAAAGCCCUGUGACACAAUGAAAGUUGGUGGGAACCUGGAUUCCAAAGGCUAUGGUGUAGCAACUCCUAAAGGCUCAGCAUUAAGGUGGGUGGAAUAAUAUAACAAUUUCCAUGUUGUUAUAGUAUUCCACCUACCCUGAUGUAUUGUGUUGUCUUUUUUUUUUCUUUUUUCUUUCUUGUGGAUUUGAGGUAAACAUAAACAGUUUUUUUUUUUAAAAAAAACAAAAAACGAAAAACAAAAUCUUUUUUUUAAAAAAUCCACAGUAUUCCGUGGAGUUAAAUACGAUGGUAAAUUACGGUUUUGUUGACCUGAAUGCAUCCAUAUAUAUUAUAUUUUUCCCCCUAAAUGUUCUCUCCGUGUUGUCCCUCCGGAUGGUUGCUGUUUGUUUGUUUGUUUGUUUGUUUAACUUGAUCGUCCAGUGGCUUUUUUCCCCCCCUCUCAAUUUUAAAUGUUCAAAGCCCGAGUUUAAAAACCACCCUAUGUGAUGAAUCUUAAAUUGCAUGUGGUGGUGUCCUCGUUGUGUUUUUCCUUUUCCCCCCCCUUCCUUUUUUCCCCUUCCUUCCUUCCUUCCUUCCUGCCUUCCUUCCUUCCUUCCUUCCUUCCUUCCUUCCUCUCUCUCUCUCAAGGAAGUCUCCCUCAUCCUGCACACCUCAAGAGUUUUCAGCAAAUGUUUAAAUAUCCUUCCAAUUUCAUCCCGCCAUUUGCUGUAACCAAUCCACGCUCUCUAGCGCCACCUCCCUGUGGGAAAAGAAAACGACACUCCGCUUAUUUUUUUUAAA